AUGGACUCACCACCAGACUGCGCUACGUCGACAGCCAUGAGAAAUUUUAACUGGAUGUAUAAUGUUUUGUCUCUGUGUACCUCCCCCAAAAUCAAGUCCUUUUUAUGGAGAACACUUUCUCAAGCCCUUCCAGUGGGUGCUACCCUCGCUAGUCGUCACAUUACUUCCUCGGUGAAGUGUUUGAGAUGUGGAGGAGAUGAAGAUGUGAGUCAUGUUCUAUUCUUCUGUCCUUUCGCUCAAACCAUAUGGGAUCAUGCUCCCAUUACUUCCUCCCCUAGUUUUAGGAGGGCUCUAUCUACUCAAGACAAACUCUCGGAGGCUCGAGCUCUGCUCAAUAUGCCCCCUACGGGAGUAACUAUCCCAUUGUAUCCUUGGAUUCUCUGGCAAACGUGGAAGGCACGUAACUCCCUCUGUUUCCAAAACCGUGAAUUCUCGAGGAUAGAAAUUAUCUCUAAGGCGGUUACCGAAGCAAGGUUUUGGCAACAAGCUCAAGAGUCCAUUCCAAAAUCACUUCCUUUCCAACCCCCACAGAUCACUACGCCUCCAUCCGAAAUUGAUAUCUUUUGUUUUGUGGAUGCGGCUUGGACUAGCUCCUCCCUUUUCGGAGGUAUGGGUUGGAUUUUCAGGUUUGGAUCCUCCCGUUUAGAAGUUCACGGGACCUUGUCUCGUCUCGUCUUUUUGUGGCCUCAGCUCUGA